AUGGUCCAAUACCUCCUCACCGGGGUCACCGGCGGCCUGGGCGCCCACGUCCUGGAAUACUUCCUCGCCCACGUCCCCCACUCCUCCUUCGCCGUCGCCUCCUCCAACCCGGCCAAAGCCUCCGAGUUCACCCGCCAGGGCAUCGCCUUCCGGGUGGUGGACUACAACGAGCCCUCCACGCUCGCCUCCGCCUUCCAGGAGGUCGAGAAUCUGUUCUUCGUCAGUUCCAGCACCUUUGACAACGAGCGCCGUCGCCGCCAGCAUCAGAGCGUGGUGGAUGCCGCCCAACAGGCGGGAGUGAAGCAUAUCUGGUACACCUCCCUCGCCUACGGGGGCCACACCUCCACCUCCGCCGUCGCCGUCCAGCAAGCACACUACAUGACCGAGGCGAUGCUAAAAGACUCCGGGGUCGCAUAUACCUCCAUCCGCGAAGGCCUGUACACGGAAGCCUUCCCCCUCUUCUUGAACUGGUACCCCUCCUCCACCACCCUCUACCUGCCCAUCCCGACAGGCCACACACCCGAGGGACUGGAGCAUUCCCAGCGAGUCACCUUCACCUCGCGCCAGGAACUGGGCCACGCGACGGCGCGGCUCCUGCUGCGGGGCGGGGCGGCGUACAAAAACCAGAUUGUGGUGUUGAGUGCGCGCGAGGCGGUCUCCUUUCACCAGAUUGUGGAGUAUAUUAAUGAGGCCCGCGCGGCGGCGGGGCGCGAGCCGGUGCGGGUGGAGUUUGUCGGGCCCGAGGAGUUUGUGCAGCGUAAUGCGGCGGAUGAUGAAGGGGGCAAGGCGCGCGGGUUCUUCGAGGGCCUGCUCUCGUGGCAUGAGGGGAUUGCGCGGGGGGAGGCGGUUGUCGAGGAUGGGUUGAUGGCGGAGGUGUUGGGGCGGGAGCCCACGCCCGCCUCGGUGCGGAUUCGGGAGUUGUUGCGGGAGGUUGGGGGGGAGUAUACCUGGCAUCAGAAUUAUGCUGCUUAG